CAGGGGGGUGGGGGGGGGAGGGGGCAGGCCAGCGCUGCCCGAGGCCCGGCCAGGACCGGCCGCCCUCAUCCAUCGUCCCCCCAGGCCCUCCAGGGCAGGGGCAGAGGCAGGGCCCGGAGCAGGAGGGCCAGGGCGGCGGCGGGGCCAUGGCUCGGUGCUAGGGCCGCGGAGGCCCAGCCAGGCCUGGGGGUGCGGGGUCGGAGGUCGGGGUCCCGGGGCCCCGCCGGCCGGUCCCGCCAUGAACCUGGUGGGGAGUUACCACCAUCAUCACCACCACCAUCACCACCACCACCCGCCUCACCAUCCCCACCCGAUGCUCCACGAGCCCUUCCUCUUCGCCCCGGCCUCCCGCUGCCACCAGGAGCGGCCUUACUUCCAGAGCUGGGUGCUCAACCCGGGGGACGCGUCGGCCGACUUCCCCGGGGGUCCCGCCGCCGCCGCCGCCGCCUACGGGCCCGACCUGGCCGGGGGUCCGGGCCCCGGCCGCAGUCCCGGCCGGCUGGAGGCCCUGAGCGGCCGGUUGGGCCGGAGGAAAGGCGCGGGGCCCAAGAAGGAGCGGCGGCGCACCGAGAGCAUCAACAGCGCCUUCGCCGAGCUGCGCGAGUGCAUCCCCAACGUGCCCGCCGACACCAAGCUCUCCAAGAUCAAGACCCUGCGCCUGGCCACCAGCUACAUCGCCUACCUGAUGGACGUCCUGGCCAAGGACGCCCAGGCCGGAGACCCCGAGGGCUUCAAGGCGGAGCUCAAGAAGGCGGACGGCGGCCGGGACAGCAAGAGGAAAAGGGAGCCGCAGAGCGAAGCCUAUCCCCAUUCUCUGAGUCACGGAGAGAAAAAGAUUAAAGGACGGACGGGCUGGCCCCAGCAAGUUUGGGCUCUGGAACUAAAUCAGUGAAAAGAGAAGCCGUGGAGAGAGGAGCGGGCAGUUUUAAAAAAAAAACAAAAAACAAAGCCAAAAAUCCCAAACCAACCCAUCCCAGACCCCAGGACCAGUGGGGGAAAGUCACAUUCGUUGUCGUUGUUGUCGUUUUAUUUUUAAUUUUAUUACUGUUUUGUUGAGCACUCUUCAGGCUGGGAGUUAGCCCACAGCACACUCUGAUCACGUGCAAUGUCAUUUAAUUUUUGUUUUUAAAUGCGCCGAGAGAGAGAUAAAAUAUAUAUAUAUAUAUUUAGGUGUAUAUAUCUCGAUCGAUCCGUCGGGGAGAAGGGGUGGGAGAGGGCGGGUCCGGGGUGGCCCUCCCUGCGAGGAGCCGAAAGGGAGCGGGAGGAGCGCUCUCGAGGAUCGGGAAUGAUUUGGCUUGGAGUUCCUUAGCCAACUCCCAAGGUUCCCCCCACCCCCCAAAUUCCCAGUGCCUUCCUCUCCCAUCCCCUCGGCCGAGACGGAGUCUCCCGAUCCGGCUUCGUUAACUCUCCCCUUCCCUCCCGAAUCCGUAGUGAACUGCAAUAAGAUAAACACUCUGCCCAUCUUCCUAGCGAAGUCGGAGGCAGCGGAUUCUGCUACGAAGCCCGCUCCUCUGCGACGUCUUUGUUGUUGUCGACGCCGGUUCAUUUUUACAGUGUUGGAUUGGUCCCUGCACUUCCUUUACCGCCUUCAGAGGGAAAAGUUUUAUUCCUUUUUUGUGUAAAUAAAAACUUUUUUCCAUGUUGUUGAAAAGUUUUUAUGUAUUUAACUACCUAAAGUGCCUGCGGUCGGGUUUAUCUGUAAUGUCCUUUUUCUUUUUUCCUACCUCAAAUCUGUACGACCACUUUCCCCGCAGAACAGGUUUGCAAGUCAGAUAUUUAUGCUCGUGAUUAAUAAAAGUUUUCUGAAAGCGGA